AGGAGACUGAACAUAAACACUUCCUCCAAAUCACACACCCGACCUGCUCAUGCCACUGCGCAUACUCAUACAUAAGCGGUCAUUUUCAAAGAUGGCGACCCCCAUAGACCUAGAGUUGAAAAAGGCCUUCGCGGAGCUGCAGGCGAAGAUGAUCGACACGCAGCAGAAGGCAAAGAUGGCUGACCUGCAGAUCGAGCAGCUCAGCCGCGUGAAGAAGCACGCUAACCUGACCAACGCCGAGAUCGCCACGCUGCCCAACACCACACGCAUGUACGAGGGCAUCGGCCGCAUGUUCAUCCUCCAGUCUAAAGAUGACAUCAACCGGCAGUUGAUAGAGAAACAGAAGACUGCUGAUGAGAAGAUCAAAGAACUCGAGCAAAAGAAGACGUAUCUGGAGCGCAGCGUGAAGGACGCCGAGGACAACAUCCGAGAAAUGCUCAUGUCCAGGAGGGCCCAGUGAUACACACACACACACGCACCCCACCCCAGAAACACACACACACACACA